AUGAAAGUAAAAGUACUUAGUCGUAAUGCCUCAGAUUACGUUCGUGAAACUCCUCAAGACAUUCAUAAAAUAAAAAGAAAUUUAGACCCUAGUUUGCAUCCUUUUGAAAAAGCUCGUGAAUACACUAGAGCUCUUAAUGCUGUCAAAUUGGAACGCUUGUUUGCUAAACCUUUUGUUAGUGCUUUGAGCGGUCAUGUGGACGGUGUCUAUUGUAUGGCUAAACAUCCUCUAAAAUUAACCACGAUCAUAACCGGCAGUGGUGACGGAGAUUUAAGAAUUUGGGACUUAACCGAAAAAACAACUACUUGGAAAGUAGCCGGACACAAAAGCAUGGUUAAAGGUGUUUGUUGUAAUCCAACAAAGAGCAAUUUUUAUCAACGUGGCCCACUUCGUCAACAAUCAUUUCAUUUAACUAUUA